CUGCCUGCUCGUGGCCGCCGUGACUCUUCAGGCGUGAAUAGGGUGAAGCUGCGGUGUCGUUGUUCGCUUAUACGUCGUGUCGAAGGGGCACAGCUCGCUUCGGGUUCAUCGUGUCAGGUGCAGAGCAGCUGGGUGUCAGCAUGUCGUACAUCCCAGGGCAGCCGGUCACUGCCGUCGUGCAACGCAUUGAAAUCCACAAACUGCGCCAAGGUGACAACUUGAUCCUGGGUUUCAGUAUAGGAGGAGGAAUAGACCAAGACCCAGGACAGAACCCCUUCUCUGAGGAUAAGACAGACAAGGGAAUCUAUGUUACAAGGGUGACAAAAGGAGGACCAGCAGAUGUUGCAGGCCUAAUGAUUGGAGACAAAAUCAUGCAGGUCAAUGGCUGGGACAUGACCAUGGUGACCCAUGACCAGGCACGGAAGAGGCUUACCAAGAAAAAUGAAGAUGUCGUGAGGCUGCUGGUGACCAGGAAAUCUCUGGAGGAGGCUGUGAGGAAUUCCAUGAUGUAGUAACUCCAUACUGUAGAAACGAUGCAAAAAUGUAUCCCAAACUUUAUUCAAUGACAGGCUCUUCUAGAUGGCCUUCAGUUCCUUUUCUUAUUGGUAAUAAUGUAGUUAAAUUGACAGUCUUCCAGUAAAUAUCCUAUUGUUCCAUAUUUCAUUUGGUCACAUUCUUAUAAAAUACUUGCCUUUAAUUUACAAAUUUGAGUUUCUGGACUUUUUUGUAAUGUUAACAGAUUAUGGCAUGACACUGUAAAAUUUUAAGUAAAUUUAAGUAAUCAGUACUACAGGACAUAUUGAACAAAGUUAAUCUUGGGCUGAAAAUUAAAAAAAAAAAAAAAAAAAAAACUGAAGUCUACCGUUAUAACAUGCUGAUAUGAUUUUUAAUGGCAUAACAAAGAAAUGUCAUAGAAUAUUAUGUUCUUAUCUGGUUUUACUUAAUCAGUCGCCAACUACUGCAGUUUCUAUAUGUUACAUGAAAUCAACCUUUUGUUAAAUUUUUCGCGCGCACACACACACACACACACACACACACACACACACACACA